UAAUGUAAAAUUAUAUUUUCCUUAAGAAAAAAAUUAUUCCAUCGCCUCUCACCGGUCGCAGAUCGUCGAAACCAACAAGCUCCACCAACCCAAAGCUUCGUCUCCCUCUUCCCCUUUCGACCAAGCCUACAUCCUCAUCUUCAGCAACAGCACCUCAAGCAUUAGAUAUGGAUGUUGAUAUAGAUCACUAUACCAUUCUUGGGCUACCAACUGGUGAGGAUGGUGCUAAGCUUACAGAGAAAGAGAUAUCGAAGGCGUAUAAAGUACAGGCUUUAGUUUUGCAUCCAGACAAGAAUCGAGAUGAUCCGAAAGCACAUGACAAGUUCCAGAGGCUAAAGUCCUCAUAUGAGAUAUUGAAGGAUGAGAAGGCCAGGAAAUUGUUUGAUGAUCUUUUGAAGGUUAAGCAAGAGCAGCAACGGCGUCAUUCUGAACGCGAUUCCAAGAGAAGGAAGAUGGUUUCUGAUCUUGAGGAAAGAGAAAGAGCUGCUUUUGCUGUUGAUCCUGCUGCAGAGAAGCGAGAGAAAGAGGAGAGAAUUCUUAAGGAACUUAAAGAGCAGGUUGCAAGGAUACGUGAAAUGCAUGCAAAUAAGGGAAAAGCUUCAAUGUCGAAGACUGACACGAGGGGAGUUAGUGAAGAGACUGCCAAUACUGGCGGCGUGCUGUUGGAUAAGAAGAGGAUACUUAAGGUUUCGUGGGAGAAAUUCGGUGAGGGUUACACGGCCGAGAGGUUGAGAGAAUUGUUCUCAAGAUUUGGUGAUGUUGAAGAUGUUGUCAUGAAGAAGAAAAGAGGCUCUGCACUUGUUAUGAUGGCUAGUGAAGAUGCAGCUGUUGCUGCCACAGGCACAGUGAGUGGAGAUAUCUCUAACCCGUUGCUAGUUUUACCCUAUCAACCAGCUACCCCGGCGAAGAUUCCAACUCUUCAAAAACCCGCCGAAACUGAAAGAUUGAAUCAUCUCUUUGGAGCUGGCUUCCAAGAUUUUGAGAAUUCUGUUUUGGAGAAACUUCGAAAGGCUGCAGAAAAGCAGAAAAAUCAGAAGUAGAAGCAUUGUUUCGGGAGGAAGUUUUAGAAUCAUUCAACGACACGAGUUUCCUGAAUUCAGAUUCGGGUAAAUGUUCCUUACUAACGCUUAUUUAUGUGACUUUCAAUCUCGAUCAUAUAUUCGUUUUCCUUCUAGGCAAGUGCUCAUAUUGUUGUACUCAGAAAGAGCAUCAUACAAUGCUUAAUUGUUAUCUCAAAUACAGACUGAAAUCAUCUAUAAAUCACAUUGGUUUUUAUAUUUGUUUCCAUCUUUUUUUUCUUUCUCAGAAUCUAUUACGUUACAGGUUCGUUGUGCAUGUGAUGGUGUUGGGAGCAUCAUUACUCUAAACCGUGUUUGGGGGAUUAAAGCAUUUUUGCAUGGAAAGUCCAAUUGGGGAUUUGAAAAUAUUGGUGUCACCCUAAUGAUUUUGGCGUGAUUAUUAAGCUUAAGAGUUUCAGAUUAGCAACACCCGCAUGCUCCGUUAGUGGUGCCCUAGUCUUUCUAUUGGGAUUCUCAAAAUGAAAAUUCGCACUUAUGUGGUUAUUUACCUUUAGAGUUUUUGCGGCUAAACCCUCUCAAUUAUCAUUUUAUUUGCACUUAACCGUUUAAGUUCAAAUUUUGAUGGCAAAAUCUUCCAAACUACAGAACUAUUAGUAAAUUUAAAGUGUCAUCUACUUAUGUGUAAGUACGUUUAUAUUGAUAAAACCGGGUGACACUUUAAACUUACUAAUAGUUUAGUAGUUUGAAUGGUUUUAUUGCUAAAAUUUAAACUUAGAAAGUUAACUGCAAGUAAAAUUAUAGUUAAGAGAAUUUAGCUGUUAAAAGCUUUUUACCCUUAUGAACUUGCUUUGUCUCAUCUUGAAAAAAGGGUUCGAUUACUUAGGCAUGGCUUUCUCAACUGUUAUUUUAAGGCUAGCGUGCAAAUCAUGUACAUUUACAAUAUAAAAGGGCAUGUUUGGCUUUGCCCAAAAAAAAGUACAUAAGAAGAGAGAGAAAAUACUAGUAUUGAUAUGGUCAAUAAUCAUA